AUGUUUACUCCCAAGACACCCAGUCACAGCCACUCCCUGCGGCCGAAACGAACUCGCCAGGCCACAGGCAACGAAGACACACUUCCAACCGCGAAACGAAAGCGCCGCUCCGCUCUCCGGCGCGACACCUUUGAGCCUCUGGCCGAAGUCAGCGUCAACGAAGUUGCUGCCCGUCAAGAGCCUGAGGUCAAUGGCCAUGUCGAUACUACAGCUUCCAAACCUGUCGCAGCAAAGCCCAAAGAGUUGACAUUCCGAGGUCCAAAAGCUGAGCGACGGCCGGACCGUGUACAAUCAGCGGCUGUGCUAGCCACGAACGACUUCUACACUGUCAGCGAGCUCCCCUCACUGCCUCAGCAAGUACGCGACUUCGAUCGCGGCGGUGUAUCGUACACAUGCACUUUCUCCGUCGAGCACGGCUAUGCCCUGGCUAUAACCCACAACGAGGUCGUCAUUUGGCCAUACAACACAAGCGCACCCGUUCCGUCACCAAGAGAUCUCAUCAUUGUGCCGUUGGCUUUCCUCCAGACCUCUACCGCCGAUCCUCUGCCACUCGCAGCCUUCACCAGGAACUCCGUCGACAACGAGCCAGGACUUCUGGUUGUUUCGGCGAAAUGGGGCAAGAUCAUCUACUGGGACACAUUGACCAAUGCAUCCACGAUUGUUGCAGGGUCAGAGUCCAACGGCGUGCAAGGCUCGAUUCCAAACAUGAACGGAGAGACAGUGAGGGAUCUCAUCAAUGCUGAACCGGCAGGGUUUGUGGUCUCGCUAAGUCGAGGCCGCGUUUCACACAUCAGUGUCCGCGAUCAGAAGGGGAGGCCGUCCAUAGGCAUUCAGAAUCUGAACAAAGCACCAACUACCGGUCUGAUGGGUACUAUUGGUGGCAGUGUACGAAAAUUGGUAGGAUGGAGCUACCGGCGAGGCACUCCGAUAGUCAAGGCGGGCAAUGCUCGAAAAGGACAACGCGAUGUCUUGAUCAUGACCGAAAACGCUGAGGUGGAGCUGUGGGAGACCAACAUCACUGUCGGGAACAACUCGAAGCUCCAACGCAGUUUGCUAGACGACCUGCGACGGGCACUCGAGCCAUACGUGCAGGUUGAGAAGUCGAUACAGCAUUGCAACAUCAGUAUACUCGAUGUUGACCUUGCACAACAUGGUCAGGAAGUAUCGUUCAACCAGGAAUCAUCAUGGACAUCGCUUGUUACGCUGGUCGCUCUCUCUGACGGAGACGGUCAACGCUUGUUCAUUGUCGAGCUGCUAGCAUCCGAUGCAGAAGUCCAGGUCACGGCCAUACAUCCAAUUCGCUGCUAUGCGCCGAAGCGUUCAAGCAACACGGGUUAUCGACCACGGCUAUCUACUGUCAAGUCUACUGCUUUCGCAAUCUUCGAAAAUGCGGUCGUACUGUAUUCCCUCUCCAAGAUCACCGAGUCGCCCUCUUCACAGUUGAUGGCAGAAGGUCAUGCACUUCCUGGCCCGUUUCAAGACGUGAUCCAACUCGAUGAAGACAAAGCGUACCAAUUUUUGGGUCAUGCGGUUGACGGAAGAGGGGACGAUGCAUCAUGUGUUCUCGCUGUCUCUAUGAAAGGCCUCAUUCGGAUUCAUUCCCACAAGAACGAUGCCACGGUCGACGCCGAGGAUUACUCCAAUAAGAUUGGCGCGAAGAGCCGCGUUGAGCAGGCGAUCUUCUAUGGCACCAACAAAGAGAAUCCGUUGGAUCUCAAUACAGCAUCUGCCACUCAAUUCAGCCAAGAUGAGAUUGAAGAAGCCGCAACGCAAGUCAGCGCUGAGAUCAUCACUGCAAAUUCCAAAUAUCUGCCUAAGAACAGCACUUCGAUCACGAAGCACUUACAGGAUCGAGCCAAGUAUUUGAAUUCACUUAUUCACUACCUGGUCAGAUACUAUCCAGACAAGUGCUCAGAGAAUCUGCGCGACAGACUUUUGUGGAAUGCCGAGAAAGUGGCUACGGCUCAAGCUAUCUGGAAGGUGCAGGAAGCCAUUCAGCAACACUAUCCUCACGAACAUCGCGAGCAGAGUCAAAUGCAAUUCGCUCUUCAAGCUCUGCAUGAGACUAAGCAGAAGUUUGCUGAUGAGGAGAAAGGUCAGAACGAUGUGGUCCGACACUUCCUCCUGAACGACAUCAGUAAUAUUGACUCUUUCUUGGUACAAGUGGUGGACUGCCUCAGAGAGCUUCCCGAAUUCGAUGUCACUGACCCUCGAGACGUCGGCGAGCUCACUGUGGAGGCCGUCGAUCUGUGGACAGCGGCAUACUCUGCCGUCUUCAAAUUCCGGGAGGACAAUGCAUCCUGGUACGGCUUUGGGGAUCGUCCGAUGGACAGAGGCGUUUUCGUUGAUGGCUACAGUCAUGACGUAGGCCGACCAUGGACUUCAGACAGCAUGGCCUACAAAUAUGCACGAAAAUUGUUGGACUACGUGUGCAGCUUUCUCGAGGAGUGGUCAGACUACAGCACAGACAAUGCGAAGUCAAAGAAAAAGAAAAUGCCUGUCAGCAGCCGCGGCGAGGAGCACACUGCACCACCGAAGUCUGUGAGCAGUGAUCUGAUAGCAAAGCUACCAAAAGAGGUCGACCUGCUCAUUCGUGUCACCUCAGAAGAGGUCAUAUGGGCAGCGAACGAGAAAGCACGCAAGGAAGGCAGCCACGAAGCCGAAGCCGUGCUUGCCAUCAAAGCGGAGAAACAGCCUCGGAUAGCGGCAGCCGUCGAGCAAAUGGCACAUUUCAAUAUGGAGAGUGCCAUCGAGGUUGCUGAGCAUUUAAAGGACUCAUACUUGCUUGUCGAUCUAUUGACCGAGCAUCUGCGACACCUGAGAGCUGAAGCACUUUCGCGCCCUGAACUCGCUGCGAAGAACGAGAAGAAAAUCGUCGACCUUCAAGAGCAUGCAGAAACGUACUAUGAUACGCUGGGCUCAGGCUGGGCUCUAGCAAACUUCAGCAGAAAGACAGAAAGCGGUGAGCUUGGUACUUUACUCGGCGAAGCCCAGGAAGACAAGGGCAAGAAACAGAGCUACCUAAACAAUUUCUUGAAUAGAGCCAAGAAAGCUGGUCAGCCUGUUGGAAAGAUCAGCUGGAUCAACGACAUCCAGGGCGAGGGCAACUACCAACGUGGCAACGACGGACGAGGACGAUAUCUGGCUCAGAAGACCCAAUUCUGCCUCGCGAAAUUGGUUGGUCUCGCCGCUGCCGAAGAACGGGCGAUGUCCGAGAAUGCUAUCGAAGCCACUGGCGAAUACGAUGACAAGAUUGCUCUGAUCGAGAUCCAGGAACGGCUCGCAACACAUGUUGAUCUAAUCAUCGGUCGCGCCAUUGACAUCAAGGCUGCUGAGGAAUUGGCGAUGAACGACUUCUCCGCCAGAAUUGUGGCAAAAAGCCCAGGUCUCAAACGACUGCUGAGGACUGCCAUUUCUGCUAUUGUUGCAGAUCAGCCACUGUCACCGGAGGAGAUGGUCGAUUUCCUCACGCUUGCGGAUCCUCACAGCUACGAGCAAGACCCCGAGAAUGAUCCAGAAGUCUUCGGACAGGAAUUUGCUCUGGCCUUCAAGGUCGUGGACCUCGCAGGGCUACCACCUGCUCACGACAUUGCGCUUCGUCAAGUCAUCUGGCGCCGCGCCAUGAUCCGCGAUGACUGGACCGAGCUCAACAAAACUGCCAACAAAUCCGAUCAUGAUGUCCAGCACCAGAUGCAGUUGUCAACGCUGUUCCAAACUCUACUCAAAGUCUUCUACGAUGCAGGCCAACAGGAACCAACCAGCCUCGGCGAAAUCAAGGCUGAUGGCACGCUCACGCCUCUGCAUACAGAGCUCGCUGCCAAGUUGCUUUCGCCAAACCAGAUUCUGGAGGAGAAUGCAUUCCCUGUACUGCUGCAAGAGCGCUUCCAGGGCGCGGAGAAAGAGGUUGACGCUGUGAAGAAAGACCUUGAGAAGGAGCAGGCAACUCUUAAGAAAUAUAUCGAAAAGGCACAGCUCGAACUGCAUUGGACUGGUCUGAAGGACAAUGCCCGGCAGGCGGUCGUAGAGGAGUUCGAGCGUCGGACGAUGACAGUGGUAGACGAUAACGCGGAGCAGGAGGCAGAAGUGGCUUCGGAGCAGGUGGCUCCUGUCGCUGCACCUGAAAUUGAUAUGGACGUUGAGCAGGAAAGCAUGCUGGCUGCCUAG